CUCUCUCCUUGCUGCUCGACUUUUUGACACCGGAACCGCAUCUCUCAUGGCGCCAAAGAAGAAACCGCCAAAGGCAGAGGGCGAACCGGAUCCACUCGAUGAAUUUGUCCGGAAGUAUGGCAAGAAUCAAAAGGAGUUCGAUACGCCAAAGAUUGCACGAGUUCAAGAGAUUUUACAAAAGAUCGAUGAAGGUGAAGACAUGAAAAGCUGGAAUUUCGACGCGGACUUCGACUCCAUGGCCUUUCAAGUGCUGUGCCAUACACUUCGACAGUCUGGAUACAACGACAUCGAAGCCAUUCGUCUCUGGAAAUGUGGCGAUGGAGACAAGGCUGUUCGAAGCGUGUGCUACUACUUGGAGGGGCAGACCGGUGAGCAGGGAGUGAAGGAUGUGCAGUUCAUGGACAACGGUGUGACGGAGCUGGGCUGCGAGUUCUUGGGUCGUACCUUGGGGCCCAACGGGAACAAGAUGGUGAAUUUGCUUCGACUAGACUUCAACCAGUUUGGGACUCCGGGCGUCAUCAAACUCUCGGAAGGUCUCAGUCAGAAUUGCACGCUGAGACAACUCUCCUUGAACUACUGCAACAUCGGCGAGGACGGAGGAGAAUACAUCGCGCAAAUCCUCAUGUUUCACAGGAAUGCCAUUGAGAAAUUGGAGCUGAUGGGAAACUAUCUCAGAGAACGAGGUGUCAUCGAUGUUUUCAACGCUUGCAAGCGCAAGACGGCCUUGAGUGAAAUCAAUGUCUUCGACAACAAAUUCACCGAUACUCCAGAGGUAAUCAAGGUGUUGCGGGAGCUGUUUGCGAACAACACCACCUUGGCGACCUACGACCUCUCAGGCAACCACAUCAGCGACGAGGGCGCUGGGAAGUUGGUGCACGGCUUGGUGAGCGCCUCGCACGUGGAGAAGGUGAAAAUCACCGAGCGAGUGGCGGAAAAGACCCACAACGCCAUCAAGGAUUAUCUCGGAUCCGGUGGAAAGAAAAAGAAGGGCAAAAAAAAGUGAGGACUUCUUCGUAUCGAGUUUCACGCCGCGGUGGAUGUGUUGGGAAAAUCAAGGGCCAACAACGGUCCAAA